AUGAAGUAUCGGAGUCUUCUCGCCAUAGCAGGCUUCAUCGCCGGCGCCAGCGCUGUCAGUGUCUCCGGCGCUGCGGAGGGUUUCGCCAAGGGCGUCACUGGGGGUGGGAGUGCAACAGCCGUCUACCCCAGUACUACUGCCGAGCUUGUGUCCUACCUUGGGGACAGUCAGGCUCGUGUGAUUGUAUUGACCAAGACAUUCGACUUUACUGGUACCGAAGGCACGACGACAGCGACUGGCUGUGCGCCUUGGGGAACUGCCUCUGCGUGCCAGGUGGCAAUCAACCAGAAUGACUGGUGUACCAACUAUCAGCCUGAUGCCCCCUCGGUAUCUGUCACCUAUGACAAUGCUGGUAUCCUAGGUAUCACCGUCAAAUCUAACAAGUCACUGCUCGGAUCUGGGUCCAGCGGUGUGAUCAAGGGCAAGGGUCUGCGGAUUGUCAGCGGUGCGAGCAACAUUAUCAUCCAAAACAUCGCCAUCACUGAUAUCAACCCCAAGUACGUCUGGGGAGGUGACGCAAUCACCAUUAACAAUGCCGACAUGGUUUGGAUUGAUCAUGUUACGACUGCGCGAAUUGGCCGCCAGCACCUGGUCCUCGGCACUAGCGCUUCGAACCGGGUGACCAUCUCUAACAACUACUUCAACGGAGUGUCCAGUUACUCCGCCACCUGUGACGGCUACCACUACUGGGGCAUCUACCUGGACGGGUCCAACGAUCUAGUCACCAUGAAAGGCAACUAUAUCUACCAUUUCAGCGGCCGCAGUCCCAAGGUCCAGGGCAACACCCUUCUCCAUGCGGUCAACAACUACUGGUACGACUCCAGCGGACACGCCUUCGAAAUUGGAUCGGGCGGCUACGUCCUGGCUGAGGGCAACGUCUUCCAGAAUAUUGAUACCAUUGUCGAAAGCCCCGUAGAUGGACAAUUGUUUACCUCGCCCGAUGCCACCACGAACAAGGUCUGCUCGACCUACCUGGGACACGUGUGCCAGGUCAAUGGAUUCGGGAGCUCCGGGACCUUCAGCCAGGCGGAUACGGGUUUCCUGUCUAACUUUGCAGGCAAGAAUAUUGCCUCUGCGUCGGCGUAUACCGUGGUGCAGAGUACCGUUCCCUCGAGUGCGGGACAAGGUAAGAUUUAG